GCCGCUGUAUUUCCUGCUUUGCUGUUUCCACUCGAAGCGAUGGCAGAAGUGAAGGCUUCCCUGAUUUGUGGAGUUGUAGCGGCUUUCCUAAGUUCGGCUGUGCUUGCAUUUGUUGAAGAUCUAGAUGACACAUUUAAAGACACUAGAGUGAAUGACAUCUGGCUGGUUGAUUUCUAUGCUCCGUGGUGCGGCUACUGUAAAAAACUCGAGCCAGUAUGGUACGAUGUGGGAGUGGAGCUGAGGAGCUCGGGGUCGCCGGUACGUGUGGGAAAGAUGGAUGCCACCGCUUACUCUGGAAUGGCGUCGGAGUUUGGCGUUCGCGGUUACCCAACAAUAAAACUGUUAAAGGGUGAUCUCGCCUACAAUUACAAGGGACCGAGGACAAAAGACGACAUCGUAGAGUUUGCCAACAGGGUGGCAGGACCGGCCGUCCGAGCUCUUCCCAGCAAGCAGAUGUUUGAGCACAUGAUGAAGCGACACGAUGUGCUUUUCGUGUACGUCGGUGGGGAGUCUCCCCUUAAAGAGAAGUACAACGACGUAGCCUCUGAGCUCAUUGUUUAUACUUACUUCUUCUCCGCUUCAGAGGAUGUCUUGCCAGAGUCAAUGUCUUUGCCAGAGCUUCCUGCAGUCGUAGUGUUUAAGGACGGAGCCUACUUUACCUAUGAUGAGUACGAGGACGGCAGCCUGUCAUCGUGGGUGAACAAGGAGCGCUUCCAAGGAUACCUUCAGAUCGACGGCUUUACGUUGUAUGAGCUUGGAGAAACAGGCAAACUGGUGGCGAUUGCAGUCAUCGAUGAGAAGGACCCCACAGAGGAGAGCGGCAGAUUAAAGGCCUUGAUUCAGAGGGUGGCGAAGGAAUACAGAGAACAUUUUAACAGAGACUUCCAGUUUGGCCACAUGGAUGGGAACGACUACAUUAACAGCCUCAUUAUGGGCGAGGUGACGGUGCCCUCCGUUAUCAUCCUCAACACAUCCAACGAGCAGUACUUCCUGCCCGGCGAGCCGAUCGAGACCAUGGAGCAGCUGGUCCAAUUCAUCAGCGGCGUUUUGAACGGUUCUGCACAGGCAUAUGGAGGUGAUGGCAUCAUUCAGAGGAUCAAACGCGUGGCCUUUGAUGCCAGGUCCACUAUUAUGUCAGUGUUUCGCAGCUCUCCUCUGCUGGGCUGCUUCCUGUUCGGCCUACCGCUGGGCGUAAUUAGCCUGAUGUGCUACGGCAUCUGCACAGCUGAGUCGGAUGAUGGCUCGGAUGACAUGGACGCGCUCAAGAGGGAGGGCCUGACUGACGAAGAGGAGGAAGAAGAGGAGGAGAGGCAACGCGCCGCCGAGCUGGAGGGCCCCGACGAAGGCGAGGAGGAGGAGGAUGUCGGAGAGAAGGAUCCCGAAGAGAAGAAAACCGAUUAACACAGGGGCACCCGCCACAUAGAGGAUGAUAGGCCUAGUCAAAUGCAGUGACAUGAAACUCAAAGACAUAUCAAUGUAUUACUGUUCUGCUUCUUUGUUUUUCAUCUCACUUCCCCUCAAAGCCCCUCUAGCACAGACUUUUUUUUUUUUCCUCUCCUUCCGCCUUUAAGUUCUGUGUGUCAGUGUGUAAGGUCGGCUGCUCGGUGAAGCCAGUGAAUUACAUUAAAGCUAACAGCCUUUUUAAUGAUGGAGUGUAAACGCAGUGCUCAUGAGAAGAAGGGAUGGCUGUGAACCAAACAUACCACCUUAUUUAUUUUUGAACCAGUGGUCUAUUCCAUGUGAUGUGCGACACUCACUCUGACGUUGUUAGGUUGUUGUUUUGAAACCACUUGAACGCCCUUGUCUUUUUUUUGGUCAACUGUUUUGAUUCUAAUUUACUGUAAUAUCCUGCAGUCGUAGAAAAAAAAAGAUAACUCUUGCCUUUAAAACAUAGUAGAAAACGAACACACUGAAGCAUUUUGUUUACCUCUACCCCCUAUCCCAAAGCUUAUGUAAUUAACGCACGUAGAAUGAAAAGGAAGUGCCCAAGAAGGAAAAUCUGCCAUAAAUGAAAUGUGCUUUUUCUUUUUUUUUGUCUAUUGUAUGUUAUUGCCUGAAAAUAUUCCCCCUUUUUCUUCUUCUCGGGGUGCAAAGUGCUGAGACGGUCAUGCAUUUCAUCUUAUCUCUCUGCCAGACACCUGUUUGUGUCCAUUUUUGCUGAAAGAUGAUGAAAAGAGCUGGGUUGGUAAUUGGUGUCAGUCUCUCUGAUACCAAAAAAAAAAUAAAAAGGCAGACGGACAUACUUUUUUUUUUUUCAACCUAUUUCCACCCAACAUGACCACCCCUGCUAAAAGAUUCCUUGUAUAGAUGGGUUGUAUCUGUCUAGAAAAGCCAUAACAUGCAUCAGUAGCUCCCGUGGCUCUUAACAACUCAGGCAGGCCCUGUCUGUUUCCAUAUUUCAGUCUGUCCUCCAUCACUGGUUUCUAUAUUGAAUUCACUAGGCAGGUUGAAGUUUACAUCCCAACGCAGUGAGACCAACGCUGAGAAUAUAGAAUAUUAGGACUGUGUUCCCGCUACUGAGGUGGGCCCCCUCUUUUUGUUACAACCUACUGUUAGUCUGUCAGUUAGUCUUAAGGCUUAGAAAUCCUUCUCUAUCCUAUUUUUCUAUCCCAGUGACUAAAGUGUAUGUAAUAGCUCAAUACAAGUAGGGGUUAUGGCUUCCUCUUUAAAGCUGGGGUAGGCAGGGUUUUUGGGGCGUAACUCAACAAAAAGUAUGUGCGAUCUAUUGUAAUUCAAGUGGUCUGAGAAGAAACCAGACCUCCUUGCUGCAUUAUAAGAGCAACAAAGUCCACGGAGAGAACAGGAUGAUGUUUUGCAACGUGUCAGACGGAAAUGUUUCACUCGAGAGGCUUUGGUUGCGUUUAUUUUUAUUAUUUUCUUUGCCUACUUCAGCUUUAAUUAAAGAGGACAACCUGUUCCACAAAAAGAGCAAAUGAUCCCCCCUCCCCGAAGAUCUGUUACAACCUGUUUUCUUUUUGUUGUUGUUGUAUUUUUUUUUAAUGGUAAAUGCACAGUACAGUGCACCUUAUUGGAUUUUGGGGUCCGGUGAGGCAAGCUGAAGCACCUGAAGACAUGUUUCACCAACUUGAGUGUUUAGAAAGUAGAUUCUUAAUUCGUACAAAACUAUCCGGUUAUUUUUUUGGGGGGAAAUACGAUUAUUUGGUUCGUUGCCAAGAUGAGAACGUGGAUCCUGUUAGCAGCUUUAGCAUAGAGACAGGAAACGGGGGUAAACAGCUGAGGUCCAGAGCAAACAAAUUCUGCCAAACAGCACCCAACAUACACCACUUUCAUCGCGCUGUUGUAGCUCGGUCAGUUGAUGGACGUAGGCACCUCGACAUAAAGCACACCUGCUGUUUUUAACAUACAGAGGUUAUCUGUAUUCUUACUGUGAAACUGCACUAAAGGAAACCAUGCCCUCGCCUUGCCUUCUGGUCUUUGUAGUUGCCUGCCAUUCUCUGCCAAACUUCCUCUUCGGGUUUGAAUUGAGAUUGUCACACUUUAUUACAGGUUUGAAAGAUUGAAAUAAAGAUUGUCCUCUUUUUUUCUUGUUGA